GGGUGUUGUGAGGGCUGAGCUACAGUAAAUGACAGGGUGUAGCUUGCUGUUUAGCUAGCUGUGGAGCUAGUGGCGAUGCCUCAAUCAGAAUGAUAUCGCAGAGGGAAAGAGGGGAACUCGCUCGAUUCUACACUGUUACAGACCCCAAGAAGCACAGGAAGGGCUACACGGUGUAUAAAGUCACAGCCAGGAUCAUCUCGAGGAAGAACCCAGAAGACGUGCAGGAGAUCACAGUGUGGAAGCGAUACAGUGAUUUUAAGAAGCUGCACAAAGAUCUCUGGCAGAUUCACCGAAAUCUCUAUAGGCAGUCUGAGCUUUUCCCUCCGUUCGCCAAGGCCAAAGUCUUUGGCCGGUUUGAUGAGUCUGUGAUUGAGGAGAGGAGGCAGUGUUCAGAGGACUUGUUGCAGUUCAGCGCGAACAUUCCAGCUCUCUACGGCAGCCAGCAUAUACAGGACUUCUUUAAGGACGGAGAGGUGCAGGACGGCUCCGAUCUUAUUGGGCCGGCAGAACCCUUCUCUGACUUCUUGGCCGACAGCCUAUCAGACAGCAGCUCUGACGUUCAUAAGGACAUUGGUGGAGUGGACGAUUUGACCGUUACCAGUCAGUCAGAAUAUGGAGGUCCGUCCAGUGACAGUGAUUUGAUUUCCCUGCUGGUCGAUGGAGACUCCCUAGCCGAGCUGGACGAUGGAAUGGCCUCAGGUCGCAGUUCCCCAAACCUCACAGCAGGUGGCAGCAGGAGGGACGUAUCCCCCAGCAGGCCGGAGCUAGAGCCCAGUCGGGUCAGCAAGGCGGCGCUGUUUCCCUCCAGCCUUUGCAAGAAGGACUACCUAGAAAAGGCCAGCGAGCAGAUUGGAUUGGCUGUCCAGAAAGAGGUGGAGCAGGACUUCGCAGCUGCAUUUUCCUACUACCGCAGUGGAGUGGAUUUACUACUACAAGGAGUCCAAGGUGAGGCGAGUCCGAGCCGGAGAGAGGCUGUGAAGAAGAAGACUGCCGAGUAUCUGAUGCGCGCUGAGCUCAUCUCCAGCACGCACCUCAAAGACAGCAUGGGCCAGAACUCCACUCAGAACCGGGCGCUGGCCGCUCAGUGUUGUAAGGGAUCGUGGGGUCAGCAGACUCAGGCUGAUGAACUUUCCAACUACAGAGUACUAGGGGUCAUCGACAAGGUCCUGCUGGUGAUGGACAAGAGAACUCAGGAGAUGUUUGUUCUAAAGGGGCUGAGGAAGAGUAGCGAGUGUGGGCGAGUGAAGAAGACCGUUGUCCCGCGGACGGUGCCCAACAUGGUGCGGCUCAGGAAGUUCAUCGUCUGUGAAGACUCCAUCUUCCUGCUGUUGCACUAUGCUGAGGGAGGCAAACUGUGGUCUCACAUCACCAAGUACCUCCAUCAGGGCACUCCAGAGGAGAGCUUCGAUAUCCCCUUCAUCCAGAAGUCCCACACGGCGAGCGUGCGCUGUGCUGAACGUCUGGACCCGGCCUUGGCCAGCUCGGACAGUGCUGGAUCUCACCCCAGCCUGGAGCAGGAGGAGGAGGAGGAGGAGGAGGAAGAGGGCACUGCUUCACUUGGCCUUCCCCAGCUGAGCACCCUGAGCCUGAGGGAUAACAGCUUGCAGGCCCCUCCACCAGGCUCUGGAGACACGUCUGAGGAAGAGUGUACAAACAGCUACUUGACUCUAUGCAAUGAAUAUGAACAGGAAAAGAUAGAACCCGGGACUCUGGGUGACGAAGAGAAGGAGGAUGCUGAGGAGGCGGAGGAAGACUCCUGCAUCACCGCAGGCGAGGGUUCCGGCAUUGCCGCAGCUACGUCCUUGUCCCGCACGCGUUCUUUGAUAAGCGGCGACAGCUUGUGCUCUCCAAUCACAACACAGGAGCUGCGGUUCUUCACAGAGGAUGAGGAUCUUAGUGACCCGCGCACUCUGGAUACUCUAGACUCUCUGGACCGAUCCAAACGUUCCCCGAUGGAGCUGUUCCGUAUAGACAGCAAAGACAGCGCCGACCUCUCCCGAGGCCUGUUCUCAACCUCUGACCUGGGCUCGGAGGUCACGGAGGACCCUCUGGAGGUGGGUGAGGUUGUGGAGGUCAAAGGUCACGUGACGGACCUCUGGCGCUUCGACAGUGAUCAAGGUUCUAAUGAGUCUGUACCGGUGAUCUCCUUCAAAGACGCCAUGGUGGAGGACGAGGGACGGCCUCCUGACUUGUUAGUCAACCUGCCCCGAGUCAGAGGGGGCACUGGGGUCACCGUGGAUGAUUUGGAGGAGGAGCUUGUGGCAGCAGGCGUGGCUUUUGCAGUAGAAGCUAAGCCCUCUCCGAAAUUUGGCAAACCUGACGUGCUGCAGCUGGGAGAGGAGGCGGGGCUAGACCUGUCACUCAAGGCGAAUAAUGAUGAGGUAGACGGGCUUGCUUUCUCUAAUUUAGAUAAAGAUUCCAAUACGGAUCCUCCUUCUAUUCGCAGUAAUGCUGUGCCUAACAAACUUUCAAGCUCUCUUUCUCCCUCCAACUCACUCACUCCAUUACCACAGUUCUCUGAACUGCUGCACUCCACCGACCCCAGGACCGAGGCCUGCCCCACACUGCUGAAACUGUCUGCACAAACGGGGUCCGAGGUCCCGGAGAUCACAGGGGCUCGGGUGGAGAGAGAGGGGCGCAGCGUCACAGAACUGUUCCGUGAGCUGGACGAGCUGGCCGAGGUGGCGCUGCACACGCACAUCCCAGAGACGCUGGUCAGGAGCUGGGCCGUGGACAUGCUGCUGGCCCUGGAUGCUCUCCAUCAGGAGGGUGUUAUCUGCAAAGACCUUAACCCUAACAACAUACUGCUGGAUCACAGAGGUCAUGUAGAGUUGACGUAUUUCUGCAGCUGGAAUGAAGUAGAGGAGUCAUGUGAUCCUGACGCCGUCAGUAAGAUGUUCUGUGCACCAGAGGUGGGCGGGAUUUCUGAAGAGACGGCAGCCUGUGAUUGGUGGAGUUUGGGAGCGGUUCUCUAUGAGCUUCUGACUGGAAAGUCUCUCCAUCAGUGCCAUCCUGCAGGGAUCAGCAGACACACUUCUCUAAACAUUCCGGAUUUCGUGUCGGAGGAGGCCAGGUCUCUGCUGGAGCAGUUGUUGCAGUAUAACCCGGUGGAGAGGCUGGGGGCAGGCGUGGCCGGAGUGGAGGAUAUAAAGUCUCACCCGUUCUUUGCUCGAGUGGACUGGCCUAAAUGACUCUGCCUGUAACGUGUGAACAGACUGCCUGAACUGUAAACUGACGUCUGAACUCUACAGUGUGAGUGAAUGUGUGUGUGUUUGCGUGUUUCUGUGAGAAAGGACUUUUCUGGUUUCCUGAUCAUCUCCAUCUCCAAGUCUCUUCUGAAGAUCAGAAGAUCACCUGCAGGACGUCUCUGCCUGUCUCAGCCUGAACCAUACACACUCCGCUGGAUCUAGAGUCUUUAGUGUUCAGGUAAAAAACUCUAAAACCAAAAGACACUGAAGAAAUCUGGACAGGCAACAUCCCUCUCUCUUUACACCAAGCUGUCCAUCUUCGUUCAACAUCUUUUACAGCACAGGUGCCAGGCUUUCACAUUCCCUGCUGCUGUCCCUCAACAUUCCUUAAUAUUCUGUCCUUCCAGAACUUAGACAUGAUCACAAGAAUCUGAGAGAAAAGUUUAUCUUAGCAUCAGUCUCUCCUUCACUCCCUGUCAUGUGUAAAAAAAACUCUAUGAGCACAAUUAUUGCACAUUAUACUGCAUUCAUAAGGCAUUAGCCUAAUAAAACUGCUUAAAGUAUUAUAGUCAUGUAUAUUAUGUUAUAAGAUUUGUGAUCAUAAUACGUCAUAAGCUGUAAAUUGUACACCUGGGGAAGAAUAUCAGAUAUCUAAUCUCUUCCCAUGAUCAAAUUUGGUCACUUUACUCAGAGUGUACAAAGACAUGUUAUAAUACUUAAAUACGUAAUAAAAACAAUACAUAAUACAUAAAUUACUGUAAUUAUAAUAUUCAGAAUAAGGACUAUAUCAUUUAUUAGUGGUCAAAUGUAUUUAUAGCUUGGUUUAGCAGGCAGCUUUAGUACUGCCUAUUUUUACACUGUGCAACCUUUUCUUGGUAUUGAGCUAUAACAUAUUAUAAACAUCUUAUGAAACAUUAUCAUCACAAUUUAUAAAGCAUAAUAUACAUAUACAUGCCUUUUUAAUGGCUAUUAUACAUUUUUAUAAAUAGGUAUAGCCAUGUAUAUAUUGCCUAUUAUACCACAGUUAGUUCCGACCGUGCAGUGUGAUUGGCUGAGAGGCGUUCUAUGAGUACCAUUAUCAGCCGGUAAUGCACUGAAACCAAAACUCUCCAUGUAUUUCUUCGCCACAUACAGGUAACCUAGCAACGAUGCAGCUCUUACAAGCCAAACAGCGCAGCUACAAACAGAGCAGCAAUGGAACUAUUUUAACUCACAGAGUUUUUGUAACCUAACAGAUUGUAUUUUCUCUUCUCUUUAACUCAAAAUAUUUCCGUCAACAGUGACAAUGGAACUGUGGUGUAAUCCCAAUAAUACACUCGAGGUUCAUGCUAUAGCACUCCCUCUCGUGUGUUAUUGGUUAAAUCAAUGCAAAAUAAUGUGUAAUAAAUGUGUUCAUAUUCAUAGCAAACCCUUUCUGAAUGCAUCCCAACUUUUAAUUACAUAGAUUUGUUUUAAUUAGCUUAAUUCCUCUAUAAGAAUAUAGAAAAAAUAUUAUCUGCACCACCAAACAGAUGUUUAUUGUGAAGUGCUAAGUUCUGGACGUUGUUAAAGGCCAGCGAUCAGCACCAGUCCUGCUCUGAAACUCUUUCAUCUCAUGUUUAUUAAAGUGAGAGGUGGAAACUGUUAACGCUGCACAUGAACUUCAUCACUGCACUCAAAGAAUCUCUGACUUUUGUGCAAUAUGACAUUUAAAGUCACCUAAUUGGAUCAUAGCUUGUUUCUGUUUUAGGGUAUUAUUAUUAUUUUUAUUAUUAUUAUAAUAUAUACAUUUUUUUUGUUGCACUCGAACGUGGUGCCAAGCCGAGGCCAACUUCUCUGCAAUUAUGUGAGCUGGAUGAUGAAUAUUGAAGACCAGUUAACAUGUGCCUGGCCUUCACCAUUACACAUUUGACACUUAUUAGCUCCCAAUUUAGCAGCAGCAGCAGCAGCAGCAGCAGAAGAGCGGUGGUCUGCUCUGUGUUUUGGCUCUGUGGAGCUGCAGUGAUUAGAAUAAAAAGCUUUAAAUAUUCACUGUUAAACUCCUCUAAGAUCAGCAGAGCAAAACAAAUAGUCUCAGAAACGCAGCCGCUGCCUGGACCUGCAGAAAUGACCGUUUCUUUCUCCUGACCCGAGCGCUUGACCUGCAGUCAGCUGAUGUGUCCCAUACUCUGCCCACAAUGUGUCUUUUUAUACAUAUGGCUGUAUUUUUUAUUAACCCACCUUCUCUUUUGAUUUCCUUUUCAUUCACUUCUUUAACGUUCAGUUUUUUCGGGUUUUAUUACUUUGUUUCAUUCUUUCCUUUUGUAUGUCUUUCUUUUGUACGGUUGUACUGUUUUGUUCUUUAAAUUUAUUUCUAUUGUUUUAUUUCUUUCUUUCCCAUUGCAUUCUGUUUUCCCUUUUGCUUGCUUUCAUUUUUCCCCCCUCUUACUUUUUGAAAAUAUUUUUGUAAUUCAUUCUCUUUUUCUAGUUUACUUCAUCUUUUUACCUCCUUCUCUGUCCUUUUCUGACACAUUUUCACCCUUUAUUUCUGACUUUCUGUUUUCUUACUUUUCUGUUUUUGCGCUUUACAUUUCUUAAUUUCUUUCCUUUGCUUUUGCCUUUUCUUUUUUGUUUCUUCACUCUUUCUCCCCUUCCCUUCUUUCGUUCUUUAUCUUUUUCUUUCUUUUUGUCAUUUUUGCUCACUUUUUUUCUUUAUUUCUUUCUUUCCCAUUGCAUUCUGUUUUCCCUUUUGCUUACUUUCUUUUUUCCCUCUUGCUUUUUGAAAAUCUUUGUCAUUCUCUUUUUCUGACACCUUUUCCCCUUUUUUCCAUUCUUUCUUUUUUCUUACUUUUCUCUUUUUUUUUGCUCUUUAACUUUAUUUCUUUCUUUUUCCUUUUUUAUUUCUAUUGCUUUAUUCUGUUCUUUUUUUGUUGUCUCUCUCUCCCUCAAUUUCUUUUUUCUCUUCUUUUUUUCUUUCUUUCUUUCUUAAUUUUUUUUUUUAUAACCUUUGUAGAUAGUAUUUUUUUUUCGACCAUUGCUGCAAAAGAAUGCAUUUGUGUGCGGGGCAUGGGCAGAUCAGUGGACUUCUAAACGCCAGAAAUGGCCAAUAACUGGUUGCCAUGUAUCAAAGGACCAUGUUUUUUGCGAUUUAUGAGAGAAAUCAAGGCUCGACAACCAGCAAUAUUUUAUGAAACACAGAACGGCUUACGAUUUAAGGGUGUGUGAGUGUGUUUUAACAAGGCUGAGAAUCCUGAUGGUGCUGUUUACUGAGAGGCUGAUCAGACUGUGUGAAUGUGGACAAAAGAGAGAUGAUGAACUUUAAUGGCUGAAAUAAGCAUUAUUAUUUCCUAUUUAAGAAAGCAACAGUCUGCUUGUGUGGUCCUGCAGAAUGUGUGGAGACGUGGUGUGUAUGAGCUGUUGGUUAAUGUAUGUAAUAAUACUCUGUUUACUGAAUCUUGCACUGCGAGCAUGUACAGAAGAACUGAUGAUUAUUGUGUAGCGUGACCCUCUCUCACGUCAGACGUUCUGACACCAUGUGUGCUGAUAUGAACACUGUCCGUGGACCUUUUUCACAUUUAUAGGAAAAGAGCACCUGUCCGAACUGUUGGUUAUAUUUAUUCACAGCAAGAGGCAGCUUGGCUUAAUUUAGCUGUUACUACAAGUAAAAACACACAAAAUGAAGCUUAUUCCUAAACCUUCUGAACUUUACUUAAAUGUGUGAGAAGUCUAAAAUGGAAAGAAAGUAGGAAUAAUUGACUUUAAUUGACUUGUGACAAGAAAAUAAUAUAAAUAAUCUUUUGCUUAAAGGAAGAAUAUCUCAAACCAAACUGUGCACUAAUGUGCAGUGUUAUGGGCAUUUCACUUAGAAUAAUACAAAUAAAUAGCAGUGGAAUUUUGCUUUAAUUUCUCUGUACUGGAUUAAUAAAGUCAGUAAAUCAACACUAUCAGUGCAUCGAGAAGUGAGCUCUGUAUCCACGGUUAUGUUUUUCCCGCACCCUGUAUGCUCAUUGUUGGACCUCUCAUGUCUGGACUACAUUUCAAUAAACUCCCUCAAUAAUGAACACUC